CCAACACAGAGCGCGGCGUGGAUUUUCUACGUUCGAUGCGUGAAAAUCGUACGCCGAUUAUUAAAUAACAGGGUGAGGAAUCGUUCCGUGAAAAAUGUUGUCGCGAAUGACGUUAAGGGUGCAGAAUCGAAUGCUGGCAAAGGCGUAUGGUGUGUCAAAGGUUCUCGUUUCUCACAGAUCACUUCACGUGAUACGUAAAUUUGAUAAUACAGCAUUGAAAAAUUUCCCUUUCGGGUUGUCGCGACACAAACCAAUCCUUGGAGCAGCUUUCGUUCGAUAUGCCAGCACAGAUGAGGAUAACAUACCUGACAACUUUCUGCAGAAUAUACCCGAACCCCCAUCACUACCUGCACCAGAAGUGGUAGAUAUUGUUCAGGGUCUACGUGAACCACCUAUAACUGAUCUAGGCCUAGGAAGCUACUGGCCACCGGGCCUCAUUCAGUCUGCUUUAGAAUACUUACAUGUUGGUCUGGAUAUACCAUGGUGGGGGACGAUAAUGAUCGGCACCGUGUGCGUGAGGCUUUUGAUAUUCCCACUUUUCGUUAAGACGCAAAGGAAUGCAGCAAAAAUGCGUAACGAACUACCCGGAAUGCAAUAUAUUCAGGAUAAGAUCACAGAGGCAAGAGAAUAUGGAAAUGAAUUUGACGCUGCAAGACUUUCGCAUGAACUUCGUGCAUUUACGAGAUCUAAAGGGAUUUCUCCAUAUCAAGCUGUAAAGAUGCCCGUCAUACAGGCACCGGUAUUUUUAUCGUUUUACUUUGCACUCAGAGGUAUGGCAAACGCCCCAGUGGAAAGUAUGCGCACUGGAGGUCUUUGGUGGUUUACAGACCUAACUAUUCCUGAUCCAUACUACUUGUUACCGAUACUAACUAGCGCCACAAUGUAUGUAACGUUAAAAGUUGGAGCUGACGGGAUAAAGCUAGACAUGAUGGGACCUAUUGCAGUACAUGCAAUCAAAGUAAUUCCUGUCGUCAUGCUUAUUUUCAUCGUGAAAUUUAAUGCAGCUAUAUUAGUAUACUGGACAACGACAAAUUUUAUAUCGUUGGCUCAAGUUACGCUUUUCAAGAUUCCAUCAGUUCAAACCUUUUUCAAAAUCGACAAAGCCAUUGAGCAUCCACCGUCAGCAACUGCUUCGAGAAAAGGAUUCGUCAAAGGAUUCAAAGAAUCUUGGUCCAACAUGAAACUGGCUGGGGCAUUACAAGACAGAGGCGAAGCAGAUCACAUGGAAUUUGAACGGGCUGGACGGGGGCCUGUACCAAAAACGUAUAAAUAUAAUCCCACCACACAAGCACUACCACCGUCAGGGGUUAUGGCCCGGAAACAGGAUUGAGUUGUUGUAAAUAUAAUGUGAUAAUAAAAGAAAAACUUUAGGCAUAA